UUGGGUUUUCUUUUCUUUUCUUCUUCUACUACUUUCACGGUGGUUGCUUUGAAAUGAACUCAUAGACACGCGCGCGCACACAUACAAACAAACAAACCGCAGGUUUUAACGACGACGCGCCCGAGCUCAUGUGACCAAGUUUGACAUCUUGAGUUUCGCCGCAGGUGUUUUGUCAGGCUGUGCGGACGGAGGACCUCCAGCGCGCGGCCACACAACUGGACCUCACCGCGACUCACGCCGCGUCCAGUUGUCCGGUGCGGUUCGAACCCCAUUUUACUGGAUUUAACUAUAUCAAAGCGGAGAGAAAGGUGCCAGGAUGGAUGAGGCGGAAAAAUACCAACAGAGACUGCAGGCCAUUGCUGAGAAGCGUCGGCUUCAGGAGGAGCAGGAACGAGCCAGGAGAGAGAUGGAGGAUGAAAGGCUGAGACUACAGCAGCUCAAGAGGAAGUCUCUGAGGGAUCAGUGGUUGAUGGAGGGUCCUGCUCUUUCUCCAACGUCCCUGGACGGCCAGAGCCCCGAGUCCCCACUUUGGGAUGCCAAGGACAACGAAAAGCACAUGGACAAGUUGCAGACAGAGAGCCAUUGCUUGGCAGUGAAGGAGGAGAAGCAUAAGGAGCAGAUGGAUGAUGGCCAAACGGAGGCGGCGGAGGUGGCGGAGCCUGGAGAAGCCGCCUGGCAGCAGAUGAAAAUACAGACCAUUCCUGUCACAGAUGGAGUCCAGGGUGCUGUGGUACAGAAUGGACAGGAUAAAGGCACUGAACCAGUGGAUGCAAUUGAAGAUACUGUGAAGAAAACCCUCUUCCCAGAGCUGGAUGAAACGGCAGCUGUCCUGACCAAUGGAGACAGAGAGGGGCAGGCAGAGGCUAAUCAUGAUGCCCUGGAAGAGAACAUUCUGCCAUCCAUCGACGGACCAACGGGAGCCCAUGAUGGUGCCGUUACCAUGACAUUCCUGGGCUUCUCGGAGGCAGAACCUAAUCAGGUUCCAAGCGUCGUGAUUGAUGAGAAGAGGGAGGAGGUAGAGCCGCUGCUGAUGCGAGCAGAACGAGUGAUCAUCACAGAUGAAGGGGAAGAUGUGCCAGAAGAUCAUUCUCUCAAGGUAGAGCGUGUCGAGGUCAGGCAGUUGGAUGAUGCCCCUCAGCCAAACUCAGACACCCCCACAGAGGAGGGAGGAGAGAUGGCAAAGGAGGAGGAGGUGGUGAAAUCAGAAGCAGGAUCAGAAACCUCCACCGAGCCAAAGGAAGACCUGCAGAGCAGUGAAGCCAUUUCAGCCACAGCACGGGAAGAUGAAGCAACAAGAGAUGGAGAAAUGACAGGCGACAUACAGUCCAACGAGAGUCCGACAUAUAUAGCGUCCAGUGAGAAUGGAGAUGGAGAGGGAGAAGCUGAAGGAGACAAAACUGAGGUCGUCUCGGAGCAGUUGCAGCCCUCAGUUGAUGCUCUAGAGGGUGCUACAGUGGCUUCAGUGCCGGUCUAUUCGGAGGGCCCGCCUCCCUCUCUCAGCUCGAGGGCAGAGGCAGAGAAUGAACCUGAGGGUGUCCAGUCAUGUGAACAGGCUGCAGCUGCACCAGAGGAGGCAGCAACAGAGGGGGAGGAGGACGCAAAAGCAACGGGGGCAGAGGAAGCCGUAAUAGCCCCGAUACCUGCUGCCCUACCGGGGCAGUUCCAGGAGAUCUCCCUUGCUGACCCCCAGGAAAACCAGAGGACAGAAUCUGGCCCAGGGGAGGAGCAGCCCCUACUGUGUGAGGCCAAAGCCCCUCAGACCCAAGCAGAAACCAAGGAAGGCAACAGCCCAACCAACACAGAGAGACACGUGCCGAAUAGAGGCGGCCCAGGGGAGGAGCCUGUCACUCCCAAACGCAAAACCUGCCAGUGCUGCUCUGUAAUGUGACUACCACUUCUGUCACUCUCCUCUGUUUCUUUCCUCCUUCCUCCUUUUUUUUCCUAGAUGCCUCGGAGCACCUCAUGAAACUGGCUUUUAACUUGCUCAAUCACAAACUGACAAACUUUAAGGCUUUUGUGCAACAAGUCCAGAUUUUUAUUUUGUUUGUUGUUUUUUAUUUGUCAUCAUGGUCAAACAACUCUCAAAAAUCUCUUGAGAACUUAUUGGCGGAUGUGGAAAAACACAGAAAAUUGAAAUUGUUCUAAAAACAGCUAUGACCAACGGCAUUCUCGGCAUUGGUGUGUGAACUUGAUUGACAAAACGUGAAGUCGUAUUUAUUUUUGAUGUGUGAAUUUGUCGGACGGAGAAUUCAGACUUGGUGUUCAUUCGAGGUAGGAUUUCACAGAAACACCGUUGACAGGAGUUCAAAUAAGACGUGCCCUAUCACCUUUAACACGCUCAAACCAAUCCAUCUUUCAGUAAAAGUUUUGAAGCGUUGUGUCAGCUUGCUUUUCUGGGGUGUCGGUUAGCUGAAAACAUGAUUCAGACGAGCUAACUGUACUUCUGCUGAACCGGUGCAAAAGCAUCUAGUACAGGUAGUCCCCGGGUUAAGAACGCCUGAUUUACGGAUGGCCGUAGUUACGAACCGGCCUCCGUAAAGCCCAUUUAAAAAAAUCGAGUUACACACGAUGGUUCGCGCUAACGAACGGACGGACUACUUUGCGCGACGCUCAGAACACUGCGCGUUUUGGGCAGUCUGUCGGCCUGAGGGAGAACAACACCAUGCCGUCAUCGACAUUUUAAGUCGGAUUGCGUAAACAUUGUGUGCGUUGUCUUUUGACUUAAAAUGUUAGUGUGUUUACCGUCGUAACCACGGCUACAAAGCAUAAAUCUGAUGCAAGUGAUGGUGAUGCGUCGAAGAAAAGGAAAACGACCACGAUUGAAACGAAAAGUGGAAAUAAUCAAGCGUUCAGAGAGAGGUGAAACGCUCUUAUCGUUUUGUCACUUACCCGGGGAGGCGGGGAGGCGAGCCCCGAGCCGGCUCUCGUUUCUGACCUCAGACGGCCGGCCUCCGCCGGUCACGACCCGCACCCGGGACAGUGGCAGGUGGGGAGUUUGAAAUGUAAGAAAUGUUUCUUUAAUGUUUUUUCCAUACCUAUACACACAUUCUCUCAAUUAUAACAGUUAUAAAUACUGUACUGUAGUUACAUGUAUUAUGAUUACUGCAGUAUUAUAUUUAUGAUGUCCUAGGUAGAAUAUAUACUAUAUACUAAGACAAACGUUUGACUAAUUGACGGUAGAUGUGAACUGUACGUAACUGUUCCGACUUACGUACAAGUUCGACAUAAGAACAGGCUCAGAAACGCAACUCGUUCAUAACCCGGGGACUGCCUGUUUCACAGUGUCUGUGUUAAGCGUCCAGUCAGGAUGAGUUGUAAAUAAUAUGUAACGUUCGCUUCCCAAUUGAAAUUGUACAAUCCGUACCAGGCCAAUGUCCAGUCACACACUUAAGAUCAUGCUCUCGCGCCUUUCUGUUCACAACGCAGUCGCACAACAGUUGUGCUGCGCAUCUACAACACUGUUCUUGUUUUAACCCUCUCCUUCCUUCUCCCUUUUUCUUUUCUUUUCUGCUGUCGCACCCUUUUUCACAUCAACAUGUCCACAAAGGCUCCCUCCUCCCCCUCUGUGCCCGUCACGGCGGCCAUGUUGCGGGGGGGGGUGUCAUCCAUCACUGUGAAGGAGGCGGGAGGUGUCAGUGUUUAAGUGCCUAGCUAAGCUCCGUUACCAGGAGUACAGCUUUACAGUCCCUCCAGCACACGUGGCUCUUACAUGUUUGUUUAUUGUUGUUGUUGUUUUUAUUAUUUGGCUUUGCUGACCAGCUGUCCAGAGCCAUGAAGUGUAAAGCAUCCGGCAAUACACUUGCAGCACAGAAAAAGCAGGGACCAAAGAUGUCUGAUCUGCAGCCGUCCUAUCUAUAAUUCAGCACCACCUAAAGAUGUAGAUAAGAGAGGGUCUUUCUGGGAGUCGACUUGAAUAAGACACUUAAGAUGUGGCAACGCUGUGAAAGGAGACUCUGGUGGAAGCUCUCUUCCAGACUCGUGUCGGAUUAUUUUAUUGAUCUUGAUCUUUUGUUACAGUCUUUUGUUGUUGUUGUUUUUAAUCCAAAUACCGGCACUCGAUUUUAUUUACUCCUUAAUCACCGUACUCAUGUUAUCACUCCAUGGACUAAAUGUGUGAAAUGAUCUUCCAUAUGAAUAACAUCGGGUACAGCGUUGAAUGAUAGUCACAGGCUGUUGUGCCACCCGUUCCAAAGGGAAAUUAUAAGCGUAUGUUUUCUAUUUUAAAUGUAGGUUUUAGGAGCGGCUGUGCAAGUUUGUUGAAUUGAAAGUGGUUGAGUUGUUGUGUAAAAAGUGAUUUUUGCUUUGAAUUUGUCAGUUUGGGAAAGACCAGUGUGGUUUAAUGAUUAAAUUGACG